AUGUUACUCAAACCCGCAACACCCCUCACCAUUUUGCUCUUCAUCACAUUUGCGCUAUUGUUGAUCACCUGUAUUUCUACUCCGAUCGUGAAGGGAAUCCCCCUGGCGACCUAUAAAAAGGUUGAUUAUGGUGUCUUUGGCUAUUGCGAUGGAGACAAGUGUACUGGAAUCCACGUCGGAUACACAAGUACCGGCGAUGGCGACGACUUCGAUCUUCCCUCCAAUGCUCGUAAAUCGCUCUCCGCUAUUUUGAUCGUGCACCCAAUCGCUGCCUUCUUGAACCUCGUUUGUCUCUGCCUGGCCGCGGCGGCCCACUUCCACGCACCCUCCCAUUCUCCACGCUUCCUCCUAGCUCUGCUUAUUUUGCUGUUGCCGACACUUUUGGUUACCCUUCUUGCCUUCUUGGUGGAUAUUCUACUCUUUGUACCUCACCUAAAAUGGGCUGGAUGGAUCGUACUCGCGGCCACUAUUAUCUUGGUCUCGUGCGGAGUUGUAACAUGUGCGAUGCGCCGGACCCUCGUAAGCCGCAAGGCUAGAAAGCGCCGUAUCGCUGAGAAUGCCGAAAUGAGUGGGGAGAAUUACUAUAAUCGCCAGACUGCCGCUACAGCUGCUAUCGCAAAUGAACCUGAGCCGGUCACAGAAACGAAGGAACCCGUGGUAGCUGGAUCCACAUCCGAUGAACAGACCUUUGCGACGUUCCGCACCAAUACUCGGGACAGUGAUGAUGACCGCAUGCCGCUUAAUACCCAUACCCCGCUGAAUGAAGGCCCUGCUCCCCCCAGUCGUCGUGGAACUCCGUACCGCACUCAAGAUGAACAGGGCUUGCCCCCGUCAGGUCCAUACGGAGCCGGUCAAAUGAUGCGGAAUCCCUCUGAUCCCCGCCUGCGUGCUCAAUAUUCUGAUGGAAGCAUUGGUCGACAAGGCACUCCACCUGGCUUCCCCUCCCGCGGCCGAGGUGGUUAUCCUCCUCGAGGUGCGUAUGGACGUGGUGGGCCUUAUAAUGGAGCUCCUCGUGGUCGCGGUGGCUAUAUGGGCCCAAUGGCUCCACGGGGUCGUGGUGGAAUGCCGCCACCUCGGGGCGCUCCACGAGGUGGCUACCGGUAUGAGACUGGACCUGGUGGUGGCUUUGAUGCGUACGGCCGACCUAUGCACGCAGCCGAUGACACAUAUGAGCCCCAGGGUACAGCUGCCAUGGGACCAAUGCGCGAGCCCUCCCCCGGGCCGAUUGGAAUGGCAGUCUCUCAUGAUAAUGUCGGUCAAGCGAUUGAGAUGACGCCCCAAUCACGACACCACCUCGAUCAUCAUGAAUCCAUGAUGAGCAGUGAUUCUCAACCACAUGCUUUAUCUGUGGACGGUCACAACAUUCCUCUUGAAAGCCCAACAAGUUUGUAUAGUCGCGCCGAAUCCUACGUUCCUGCUCGUGCUGGCUGGGGCGCGGAUGAUGCUCGUCGUACUUUGUCGCCUCGCCUGCCCCCAUCACCGGUGCAUGCGACAACAACACAAGGCACCGCCUACUAUGAAGACGUGGACCCUCGAUUCGAUCGUCGACCUUCACCCCAAAAUAACCAUAAACUACCCUCAUCCCUCACACCAGGAGCAGCGCACUUUUGA